CCGGCCAGGGUGGGGGGGUCAGUAGCCAUGUGGACCUCGAGGCGUGUGGUCACGCCCGCCGGCCUCCUCACCACCUGCAGCUCCGUCUUCACCUUGGUGCUCCUUAUCUUCUGUCUCGCCGUCUGCAGUGGGAAUUAUGUGAUAACGACGCCGCAGGAGUGGGUGGUAGGGAAGCCAAGUCAGGUGUGUGUGAUAGUGAAUGACACCGCUUCCCCGGCCGGCUCCCUCAUCCUUAGCGUCACACGCUUGGACGAGAGCGAGGUCACCGUUCUCUUCCCCAACACCACCAUUGCAGUACCACCCGGAGAGACAGAGUUCUGCUAUAACGUGAAUAUAACGAGACCUGUGUAUCAUGACUACGGGAACGUCCUGUCGGUGACGGGUGAGGUGGACGGGAAGAUGAUCAACCAUACGGCCGAGCUCGUCUUUCUCGACGACGACAAGAGGACCAUCGUCCAGACAGACAAGUACCUCUAUCGUCCUACCCAGACGGUCCAUAUUAGGAUCGUCUCUUUCACCUACCCGAAUUUCAGUGUCUCUACCAAUCCAUACCCGCGGGUGUCGGUGAUGUCCCCCGAGCCCUCCCUCUACCAUAUCGCCAGGUGGGAACAUGUUGACAACUCGGCUGGUCUUGUACACCUCCACGUGAACCUCAUUGAUGAACCCGAGCUGGGAAUCUACUAUAUUCUUGUUAGGACUACGGACAAUAUAACCUAUACUUCGGAGUUCGAGGUGAAGGAGGAUGUGUUGUCGCAAUUUGAGGUGGUGAUCGAGACCCCUACCUAUGUCUACGUCACAAACACACAGUUCAACUUCUCAGUCUGCGCCAUGUACAGCCAUGGCGAGGCGGUACAAGGUAACCUCACGGUUGAAGUCAACAACACUGGGAAUAGGGCGUGUGAGGUCGCCUUCAACAUGUCGAACACCUUGCCAGAUGGAUAUAAAAAAUUGAUCUCCGGGUGCAAAAAUCUAGAUGUAUACUCCAAAGAUAUAAGGGUGAUAGACUGCUUAGUAAACUUAGUACAGCUGAGAGCCAUAGUGACAGAAAAGGGGACAGGUGUUCAGGUGACAGAGACGGUCCAAAUCUCUCUCCUCUCUCAAGCCAUCACUUUAAAAGUCCUGGGAAAGGAUCAGUACAUGAAGCCAAACCUUCCAUACACCAUACAGGUGAAGGCCGAGCUCCCGGACAAGUCGCCUGCUGUGGACGUGCCCGUGGAGAUGUGUGCAGGAGAGGUCUGCACUAACGCCACCUCUCCUGACGAUGGUAUUAUUACAGCACUGGUUUACUCGCCAACUGCUAACCAGUUUACGAUUACGGCACCAAGCAUCCGGGCCCUCAUGGACAGUACCAGGCGUGUCAGAACAAUUGAACACUUCUUCUCUGCAUCGAACGCCUCCCUGCUAAUCCAGGCUCCCGAGGCACCUCUCAGCUGCAACUCCAGCGGCCCUAACAACCACAACAUUUCCGUCCUGUUCUCUUCUGUUAACCAGACCAGGGCUGUCAUCACGGUCCAGGUAAUGGCAAAUAGAGAGGUCAAAUAUUUCGGCAGUAAGGAAUACGAGCUGACUGCCAGCGCUCUUCCCGUCAACACUGAAAACGUGGUUGGUGGGCCACCUGUUGUGCUCCCAAAACACGCCAUAAUCGGCGUCAUCAACAUCACAUUCACCCUCCCAGUCUCGGCGUCCCCUGUUGCCAAGGUGUUGAUAUGGUACACGCGCGACGACGGAGAGGUGGUGUCAGACUCCAGGAGGAUGCCUGUGGAGAGAUGCCUUCCUAAUCCAGUGGAUCUGAAAUGGUCAGUGUCGCAGGCAAAGCAGGGACAACGAGCUACAAUACAACUUACAUCAGCACCAAAUUCAUUUUGUAGCUUUGGUGUGAUAGACAAGAGUUUGGAGCUCCUGAAACCUCAAAGUGAUCCAUUCUCCCUUGAUGUCCUCUUCCGUUAUGUGGAUCUCCUGGUCUACACUUUUAAAAGUGAUGCCGAAAAGGAUAACGAAUACUGUAAGAAGGGCUUGGAAUCAAGGCAAGAUUCUGGAAAAUACAAUACCUACUACACCAACUAUGUGGAUUCUCUUGCAAUGUUUGAAGAAGCUGGCUUACACGUCUUCUCUAACCUGGAGCUGGAAACAAGGCCGUGUAAGAUUGAAGAAGUUCGUAAGAUCUCUCAACGCAACGAAAAGCAAGAUUUUCCAUAUUUUAUGACAAAUUGUGGCGGAGUGGCUAAGUCAGUAAAGAAGAAACUAGCUGAUGAAACAAAGAGGACCCUACGUGAUGAGCCGAAGAAGGUCCCACGUGAUGAGCCGGAGAAGGUCCCACCUGAUGAGCCAGAGAAGGUCCCACCUGAUGAACCGCGCAGGGUCCCACGUGAUAGGCCGGGGAGGGUCCCAGGUGAUGAGCCGCAGAGGGCCUACAGGACACUCUUCCCAGAGACGUGGUUGUGGGAACUCUUCAUGCUGCCGUCUGGUGGUGCGAGGCGGGAGGUGACAGUGCCUGGUAUCUUCGCCGAGUGGGUGGGCAUGGCAGUGUGCGUCCACCCACAGCAAGGUCUUGGCGUCUCCAGCAAGGUGAACAUAACCACCUUCUCCAAUUUCUUCGUCGAUCUCACCCUCCCUCCAUCCAUCAAACUAGGAGAAAUCCUGCCGGUGAAGAUAUCGGUCUUUAACUUCCACGAUGGUCGAUUACCGGUUUUAGUGGAAUUAGUGAAGAGUAAAGAAUACAAGAUGGUGGUGUCUGAGAGGGAGACGGCGGGCGCCCACGCGGCUUGUGUGGACGAAAAGACCAAGGUGGUACACGUGGUCAGGAUAAAACCGUCCGUCGUGGGCACAGUUAUGUUGAACGUUACGGCCAGUAUAGAUAAAGGCGAAUCUGCCGUCUGUCGGCCCACCAACGCUUCGCUAACAGGCAGUGACAGUUUGAUCAAAGGCAUUGUUGUGGAGGCCGAGGGGCUCCCUCAGGAGGACGUUUGGACCAGAUAUGUCUGCUCUACACAUACGGAGAUGAUGUCGACUUCGUACGUGACGUGGGAGGUGAAGGUCCCGACGGGCAUCGUGGAGACGUCUGUUCAAGGCUGGGUCACUGUUCUGGGCAACCUCCUCUUACCCUCCAUACAGAAUUUGGGGCAUCUGAUCAAUUUACCGUCGAGGUGUGGGGAGCAGAACAUGCUCAACUUGGCUGUCAGCGUCUUCAUCCUUCAGUACUUGAAUAGCACAAGACAGCACGACCCGGAGACCACCAAGAAACUUCUUAACCUCAUACAAACAGACUAUGUGCGCGAGAUUGUGUACGGACGGGAUGACGGUUCCUACAGUGGCUUCGGGAAAGCUGAUGCCGCUGGCUCCAGCUGGCUCACUGCCUUCGUCCUCAAGUCCUUUGCCCAGGCCAGCUCUUUUAUAGCGAUUGAUAGGAAGAAGCUGCACAAGACCCUAACGUGGCUCCUGAGCACCCAGAACACUACUACUGGCUGCUUCCAUUCUGUUGGGAAAGUCUUCAACAAGUGCAUGCGGGGAAACAUAGCUGGCCAGGAGUCCCCGGUACCUCAGACGGCCUACGUGGUUACCGCCUUGCUGGAGACAGGGAUGAAACCUACCACUACAGUCAUCUUAAAUGCAACUUCCUGUGUGGCCAAUGACUCGUCUCAGGAUAUCUACACCAUGGCGCUCAAGUCUUACGCUCUCGCCCUCGCUAAACGAAAAGAGGCCCAUCAGGUGCUCCAGCAGCUCACUGGGAAAGCUAAUGUCACUAAGAAUACCAUACAUUGGGAUAUAUGGAGUGACAAUUUCCAAAGAAAAGCAUUGGAGGUAGAGACUGCGAGUUACGCCCUCCUAGCUAUGGUGGCCACGAAUUACACGGUGCAUAAACCACAAAUACGGAAGAUAGUCAAGUGGAUAGCAAGACAGAGAAAUAGCCAGGGAGGCUUUUACACCACACAGGAUACAGUCGUAGCUCUACAAGCUCUGUCUGUCUACGAGUCGCAUUUCUAUGAAGGCAACUUGAACAUGGUGGCCACGGUGAUAGGUGGCGGCGUGAACCAUUCCGUCAUUGUACACGAGGGUAACAGGUCCUUCACCAAGAUGAUGCGCCUUACCUACCUUCCAGCAAUGCUCAAUUUUAGAAUAAUGGGCAAAGGUUGCCUGAUGGUCCAGUCUGUCGUGAAGUACAAUGUGACGGAGCGUAAAGCAAGUGCUGCCUUCACACUGACUGUGAAGACGGAGCCUGACAAGAUGUGUGUGAUAAAGCACUUUACUGCCUGUGGCAGCUACUUGCUGCCAGAUGACAGGUCCAACAUGGCUAUCCUGGAGGUCAACCUCGUGUCCGGCUACGUCCCCAAUAAGUCAGACCUUGUGAAAAUCACGGAGAGCGGUUCUGAGGUCAAGAAGUAUGAAGUGGAUGGCAGGAAGGUUACCUUUUACCUGGACGAGUUGACUAAGCGAGAGACGUGUGUAGUGUUCCGCCUCACACGAGAGGUUAGGGUUCACAACACCAAGCGUGGCACUGUGCUUCUCUAUGACUACUAUCAACCCGGGCUCGCUAUUUCUGAGGACUAUGAAAUUCCUCGUGUUCUAAAUUGCAUAUAGGCCAUCCUGGUGGAGCUAUACCUCAAGCAAUGCUCUUCUAUAAAGGGAUACUUCCUCUGGUGUAAUUGUCGGGACCCACAGCCUCCGAGAAGAGAAUAAAAGGCAUUCAGAGAAUCCCUUGCAGAUACUUUGACAGUUUUAGCAUUUUCUUCUACCACUUCUAUUUUUUGUAAUAAAUAUGAUUUAUUAUUUAUAUUACAUUUUUUCAUUGUUACAUUGUGUUUCAACUACUAUAAUACAUGAGUCACUGUUCAAACAUCUCUGCACAAGUGCUCAUAACACAGGAGGUAUUUUACUUCUAGUUUGUGACACUGAAGUGCUGGAACAGGAAACUGGCUGCCCUUGGGUUGCUGGUUUGCCUUAUGAGUUUCUCUCCCACCGCCUUCCGAAAGUUGAGUGGACAUUUACCCCAGGUUUCCAGGGGUCUCUUAGCCUAUUGGCACGAGCCUGUAACAAUGCUCCGAGUCAUUGUAUUACUGGUUUCCUUGGAUUCCCUGAAGAUGGCAGCAAUACCACCUUGGUCUUCACUGUUCUCUAGAUAAAUAUCGGCCAAUGUAGAAGCACAAGUUUAAUCCCUGGUUUCUUCAAGGUUGCAGGGUAAUUCCAUUUGGAAGCUUGAAACUAUUGUCAGAUUUGCACAUUUGGCAAUGUGCAAACUUUAUGCGGGACACUUUGCUGUAACAUUCUCUAAUGUCACUGCCUCGAAACUUUCCUUCUGGUCUACGGCAGACGAGACCAGGGUUUCUGUAUUGGUUUAUCAAUGCACAGCUGCAAAUACACCUGUGUUGAGUGGUAAGACACAUGGUAAAACUAAUAGGAAGCGCUGGGCCGUCCAGGUGGAUGCCAAGAGUAAUUAGGGACAGCCAACAGGAAGCUUCCCCAACCUCUCAUGAGGAACUGCCACAGCAAAGAGCCGGGUUUUACCUUGCACAGAAGCUGGCUCCAGCAUUGUUUGAAGCCAUGUUUACUAUGGGGCUGUAAUUGCGUCCGCUCGCGCGCACACGACAAUGUCUGACCAUAAAGGAAAAUGACAGGAAAUUCCUUCAGUACUUUCGUUUUAAUACAUCUUCAGAAGAGCGAAUAUUACAAUUGGGGGCGGGGAGAUAUAGGCAGGAAGGAUGCAAGCUAGAUGGAAAAAUAAGUCUUUAGUUCACGAACAUAAGAAGAGCAAACUGCAGAAGGCCCAUUGACAAAUACAUGAGUGUGUUCCAAGAAGCAUCAAUUCUAAUGAGAAAUGUAUUAAUGAAUCUCGAUUAGUUUUUUAAUUGAUCUAUUAAAAAUAGAUCCAAAUUGUACAAACAUUUACUAAUGUCUGCGAGAAUCAGUAAGAGCCAUAAGGAUGAUUCGAACCCGCCCACUCGGUCCUCAAGCAAACUACACCCCCUUCCAGAGUGUCUCCACUACCACUACCACUACACCCCCUUCCAGAGUGUCACCUGGUGGCGAGGAGAUUCUCGUACGCCUCCGAGGUUGGUGAGGGUUGCCUCGACCCUCUCGGCGUGAUAAGGUACAUACCCACAGGGAUCUCGUUCUGGUCAACGGCCCCCUAUGUUGCCUAUUGUUCCUUCAUCUGGGCGAUGAGACUCCCUGUGGCCUCUGGUGGGCAACACUGCUGCCAUUCACUCGGGCCUCGUAAGACAGACGAGCAUCAAGUCAUCCUUGCUUAUGAUAAUUAACUCAUUAUACAUUUUAAGUAGUUCAAAGGAGAAAGCGCUAAACCAUUACGACUGUAUAGCACCGAGAGGUCAGUCUGCUCUUGGUGGCCGUGGACACAGAACUGAGACCCCCAUCGUUGUACCUAUCAAAGAGAACUAGUUGCAGGAUUGGCUAAUGAUGAGCAGUCCUGUUAUAUUAAUAAUGUGGAAGAGCACCAAAAUGAGGACAGAUGUUAAGUCUAUAUCUAUGUCCUUGGCGUUAUACCCACUUGAAUAGGUGUAGACUGUCCAAGUGAACGGCAACAAAUUAACACAUUGACCCAGCAUUUAUUUAUUUAUUUAUACAAGAGUUCUUACAUUCUUGUACAGCCACAAGCACGCAUAGCGUUUCGGGCAAGACCUUGAAUCCUAAUUUUCACACACAAACCCCAGGAAGCAGCCCGUAGCAGCUGUCUAACUCCCAGGUACCUGUUUACUGCUAGGUAAACAGGAGGAAAUCAGGAUGAAUUUUGGAUCAGGAUCAGGCCUGCCCACUUGUUUCCGCCUCCACCGGCGAUCGAACCCGGACCCUUAGGACUACGAACCCCAAGUGCUGUCCAUUCAGCCGUCAGCCCCCCCCCCCCAAUGGAUCAUACCAGCUCUUAGUAGUUGCUACUAAGGAGUGAAAUCCGAUAAGUAACUCUUACACACACAGGAAUGUAUAGUAGCCAGGAGAGGUAGUAUUGGACUCCGCAAAUAGACAUCCUGGAGUCUUAAGGCACUGUGCAUUGUAUUGCAGGUUAGUGCGUGGUGUGCGGCCGACCUACUCACCUGACCUACUCAGUUUUAUUUAAAAGGUCACAUCGGCUUAUUUUGGUGUUCGUGUAAAUGAUCAUUUUAGGUUUUUUUGAGUUAUAAUGUCUGAUUUUCAUGUCAUCUUAGUCUGUACAUUCAUGAUGCCUAGAAUCAUUUAUUGAGUGAAUCUGUUGCUACACAGCCUUCCCGGUUAGGUGCCUUCUUUUGAUAAUAAUUUACUUAUUGAGUGAAUAACUUCUGUUAGAGAUGACGAUACAGUUAUGGACGGCCAGGUCACAAAUAUUCACAACACUUGAAUUGGUGUUAACGUUAUAGAAAACAAGUCCCUCUUUACGGCUGAUGACUCUUCCCAUUGUUUAUAUUGAUAAGUGUUCUUAUAGUAGUUAUUCUUGUGAUAGUAACCACCUUCAUGUAGUUUCACAUGUUUAUAUAAAUUCCCCGUGUACAUAUCACUCAUUUUUAGGACUUUAAAUGCUCUGUUUACCUUGUAUAUAUCGCUGAACUGUUUACCGUACAAUGGAAAUAUUGACUACAGUAUUUAUACUACUGUUUUGGCGGUAUUGUUUAUUUAAAUGUUGACAUUGCUUUGUUUAUAUUCAUGUAUUUACUAAUUUUUUUUUACUUAGUACAGUACAGUAUUAAAGCUAUGCUUAAGUGUUGACAUUAACUUUGUUUACUAUCUCGGGUUGUCAUUUUACUGUAUAUACUGCCGUGUUGAUAUUAGCAAUUGUCACUAGAAAGUGAUUCACUAUAACGAUAUCAAAGAAUGUCACUAAUCAUAAACUCUUAAAUGAAUGUGUUAAAGGUUGAACGUGUCCACACCCUCGUGCUCAAUCUGAGUGCAGAGUGAUAGCCUAAUUUAAGUGAUUUACUACCGGGAGUAAUGUCUAAUCAAUGUUUGAUAUUUCUAUAUUGUCAUGUGAGUAAAGUUUUGACAAAU